AUGUCAGAUAUUGAAGACUCCGACCUGCAACAGGUCAUGGAGUUUGAUAUUCCUCCUAACAAUGACGACCAGCGUGAUUUCUUCACGGCACACACUAUACUUCAACAGAAACUCAGUUUGGACUAUGUUGAUGAUCUCAUAGACGAUAUAUUUGAAACGCUUGCGGGUCUUUGUGACCCUUACACACAGCCAGAGGACAACGACGUGAAUCCAUUGAGUGUUGCCUGCUUGGCAGAUGUGUUCAUUGCACUUGCAUACCAACAACUUCUCGAACAACGAGCUUAUGAAGAAUAUGAUGACGAAGAAGAUGAUGAUGAUGAACUGCAAAAACCUGACAAGGACGAUGACGACCCGCCUCCGUCAAUACAAUCGCUACGGUUCACACUAUCGCUCAAGUGUCUCAUUAUGUUGGAUGCUAUCAAUAAGAAUCUUCGAACAGACGAUCCGGUGAGAAUAAAAGCUCUUUUGAACAACCUGCUUUAUUGGGAGCUUCGAGAUCCUUUCUGGCUUCCAUCUUUCGAGGAACACGAGGAGCAUGAUACGAAACUAUGCUACUAUAUGUCUUGUGUUCUCGUAAUGACUCUCUAUAAGCUCUUCCUACCCGAAGAUGGAAGUCCUUAUAACCCUGCAUUGAAUCCAUAUACUGAUUAUUUCAUCCGUCUAUGGAAGUCACACACCGGCAUCAUAAAGCUUGCCUUUGAGCUAGAUCAUGAUCUCGAACAAUUUGCAUACCUGAAUAGCGAUGAGUAUUUCGACACUCCAGAGAACGUGAAGAGGGCACUUCUCGGUUCCAGCGCUGUUCGUUCUGUCUUGGCUUACGUCCUUAAUCAGACCACGCCAGGCAAAGUAUAUGGCCAAAGUGUCAUUGAGGAUAGAAAAGCCCACGAGUAUGAUGUUUGUCAACUACCACUUUUAGAUUUUUAUGACCCGCUUGGCAGAAAGCGUGCAGCUGGAGGUUCAAUCACUGGUGAUUAUCAUCCCUUCAUAUUCGUUCAGUUAAUACUUCGUUUAGGAAUGCCUGAUGUUAGGCCUGACCUUGAUGGUUUAACGUAUGCUUUCUGCAAAGAGGACGACAAGUCUCACUUGGGACGGUACACUUGCUUAAGAGGUGAUUACUGUGAUCAAACUGAAUACAGUUACAGCUUCGAUAAUAACUUUCCAUAUGAAGAUUUUUUGGACGAUGAAAUUAAGUACGUCUUCUUUGGCUACGCUGACUCUGAAGAGGAAGAUGAUGCAGAGGAAGAGGAAAGCAAAACUCCCCUCACCAAAGGUAGUAGCGACGCCAAGAAGGAUCUUCGAAUGGCUUUGCGCUCUGACCCUGAUGCUAUUGGCAUCGACGAAGAAGGCGUUGACUGGAACGACUGUGCCAGGGGAGAAAAUGUGAAAUAUACAGAUAAAUUUCUUGACUAUUGUGCCCAGCACCAACCCCGGACAAAUUUGGAAACAUUUAAAUUAAUGCUCAAUAUCGUGAUGAAUAUUAAUGAGCCUGUUAUUGGAGAUUCCAUCGUGUAUACCAUCGCCAGGUGUAUCAAGGAUGAAGCAGAAGAAGCUAGUGAUUCUUUUGUUAAUCCUGGCGAGAUAUAUGAGUGUCUUGUUUCUCCACCAGACGCUAAUGCCCGUGUCCAGGUCCCCCAUUAUAAUAUUGAAGCUUACCACAAGGAGGUGACUCGGUUUGAGCGCAUCCUUACUGUCAGCCCAGAGAUUGCUUCCAGUAUUAUAGAUGAGAUCUUGAUGUGCAAUGGCUUCAGAAGGACAUUUAUUUGGUUUAUCACGCACCUUGUGAACUACUCGCCUAAUUUGCUCAAUUAUAUCUAUGAAUUGGUAGUAGGAUUAAGAGGUGCUAAAGCAAACGAGAACUUUUCACGACAAGGUGCGUUGGAACUUUCACCAAUCGAAAGGCUGAUGCUUCUUCACGAAUGCUUCAACAAUUUGCUGUUAUGGGCACUCUGUUGUGAGAAAGUCUCACGUCUGAGAGCUGAAUCGGUCAUAGCGGUUGCAUGUCUCAUGAUACGAAGACUUAUUGAUCAUGGGAUCAUUUCCACCUCCAAGAACAGUCAGUACAUGGAUAAUUAUAAAGAGGAAAUUGAGUUCCUUUUGAUGCCUUACAUCGGGGACCUUCCAGAGGCAAGAGAUCUAUUCUUCGAAUUUAAGGGCGGAUAUGGGAGAAACCAGAAAGAAAGAAAGUUGUGGAAUAAGCUUGUGUAUAAAGAACCGGAGUCCACUGAUGAGCUUCUCCGGGACGUGAGCAACCUCGCCCUUGAAGACGUUGUGCUCUUAUAUCAAGAGUCUUACGCGGCACAGACGGCAGUUACAGACUUGGUCGAAUCCGCUUCCGAAGCUCUCAGGCGUUACCAUCACAAGAAGAACAAGGCAAGGGCUACCUACACGAAAGAAGACUUUUAUGAAAAUGUGAAGAAUGCGGACCAUGAUUUCCGUCUUUUCCUCAAGUACUACAAUCAAAUCUGUCAUCAUCCAGAAAUGGGUUACCUUUCCUACGUGAUGAAAAACAGGGGUUUGAUAGUGCCAGGAUUUGGUGGUACGUUCCAAGCUGGCGACGGAGAGAGUUUCAUGACUGUGGAGGUUAUGGAAGGACCUCCUCCAGACCACUAUGACGACGAGACUGAACCUCCUCGGUUUGAAGAGACAGAAAGGACCGAGCUUGAUAAGCAGAAGAAGAAGAAGGAUAAAAAGGGAAAAAAGAAGAAGAAGGGAAAGAAAAAGUAA